AACAGGAAUGUACUCGUAAUUACCAUAUUUUUUAAUAAGAAUUAUAAACUGGAAUGAAGAAUAAUAGGAAAAUUGUUAUACGAAUUUCGAACGGGCCUGAAUUAAAAAACUGCAUAUAACAUUGACAACCUAUAACUUUUUGAGGUUAUCGCAUAUUGUAUUCAGGGGAACGCAUCUGAGAGAAACAUGUGUGAAAUUGAGGAAGAUACGAUUGCCGUGGGCAUGUACGUGAUAAUAAAGAAACUGAAUUUCAAGAAAAUUUAUAAAGUGACAGCAAACGGGAGUCUGAUGUUGGGAAAGGAUUUGGUAGAGAUGAGCGCGAUUAUAGGAAAACGUUUCUGGAGCACGUUUGAGAUGAUACCGACGAAAGAAGGCAAACGUGCAUAUUCGCUGAAGGAAGUAUUAGAAGCAGAAUCGUUAAACGAUUUAUUAAACGAGCUACCAAGCGGUAGCGACAAUCGUACCAUAAUCGAUGAUGGCACAUCGCAGAAACUUUCUAAGGAGGAGAUUCUCCAGUUGCAAGAAUCUGGGAAAACCGGUAAGGAGAUCGUAGGCAGUUUGAUAGAGAAUAACAAGUCUUUCUUGGACAGGACUGAAUAUUCCCAGGAGAAGUACCUGAAGAAGAAGGAGCAGAAGUACCUGAGAUAUUUAACAGUGUGCAGGCCGAAUAUAAGCUCAUUGCACGACGUGUACUUCAAGUUAGAUCUUAAUAAAAUUGGAGGCUUGAGGAUGGAUUCGUUGGCACAGUUACUAUCGUACAGCGACGUUCAAUCGGAUGGUCUGCAUAUUUUGUACGACAGUGGGUCUCAAGGAUUACCAGCUGCUGCGAUGUUGAACAGAAUCGGUUCGAACACGAACGGGCAUUUAAUCAAUUUACAUCCUGGGAACGUUCCCCAAGCGAUGCUCGUCAACGCUAUGAAUUUUCCUAAAGAGCAAACUGACAGAUUAGUCAAUGUUAAUAUUUACAGUUUCCUGAGAUUGUAUUACCAAGGUGAGAAUGCUGUGUGGAAUAAUAUUUCAAACAAGGACCACAGUAAUUGGAUAAACAAGGUGAAAGAGAGUAAAAGGAAAAAAGAGGAGGAAGAUCUCAUUGAGAAACCUCAAACAGAAGAAAUUUCAAGCAACGUUGUUAUCAAUGAGUCAGAGAAAGUGUUAAACGACGAAGUAAAUGAAGAACAAAAAACAGACAGUGGUUUGAAACGGAAAUUUGACGGAGGCAAUGAAUCUUCGGAUUCAACGCCUGCAAAGAAGCCGCGGUGGUUGUUGGACACUCAACGCGCCGUGGAGCUUGUGCAGGGCUCGAAGGCCCGAGGAUUGACCAUCGUGUGCAAGGAACAUCCCUUAAACAUCGUCACAGCACUUCUACCAUUUCUGGGAGCGUCCAGACCGUUCGUCAUUUACCACGCUUACCGGGAACCCCUGCAAGAGGUUUACGUGGCUUUAAAACAGACCCAGAACGUGAUUAAUCUAAGACUGUUUUCAAAUUUCUUGCGUUCUUAUCAAAUCCUGCCAGACAGAACGCAUCCUGACAUUUUAACUAACGAUACAGGCGGAUAUUUAUUAACUGGCUAUUUAGUUGAACAAUAAAUGAGUGGCAGUGGUGGGAGUAAGCUGAGUUGUAAGACUAGGUUCGAACAGCUGAUCGUUGACAAAGUUAGGUCACUCGGAACCUGCACAGUUU